AUGAUGAGAUUUUGGUUGCUACUGCUAGCCGCCAUGAUGGCUACUGCUACCGCCCAAUCCCAGGAAGAGUUGUUUCUGGAGCAACAACAGCAGCAAUGCCCCGUCACUGUGGGCAACACGGAUGAGCUCUGUGCCUCGUUACUACACCGUGUUCCAUUGGGCACUCCGGAGGACUGCGAUUGCUACACGUUUUGUAACGACGAACUGAUCCAAUGUGGAGCCUUUGGAGAACACCGGCCCUUUCAAUGCGUGGGAAGAAUCGUGGCCGGAUGUCGCCAAGCCCAAGCCAAUUUCAACACCCAGGAGCUUCCCACGGCUCAAGAUACCGUCGUCGAGAAGAAGAAGGAAUGUGCCGUGACGGUCAAUGCCGAUAACGCCGUCUGUGGCAGCUUUUUGGACAAGACGCAGGAUACCACGUGUGACUGUUACAAUUACUGCAAUGGUAAACUGAUUGGGUGUCUCAACUUUGGAGAACGAAACACCUUUAGUUGCAGUGGGGAAACAGUAGCAGGUUGUCUCGACUCACAGCGACAAUUUGGAGCCUUGGCAUCCGGUGGUGUCACUACAACUAGGCAGCUGUCAGGCAUGAUCGUGGCACUCAUAAUGGGUACAGCAGUGCUGGCAUUGUGAGGGGAAGAAUAAUACAAUGGAUACCACAAUCCACCCACCCGAACAACCCUCGCCUGGUCAUUCUACCGACUCUCGGAGAUACCGUGCACCAACACCCAGUUUCAUGCCGGUUUGCCUCAAUCCACUUGCGGACCAGCUAGCUAGCUAGCAAGCAGGGCACCGAUGUUUCAAAUCCUGCCCUAGCUAGCUAGUCGGCAUCCUUUGAGAGACGCCUCAGCAAAGGAACAAAGAGCCGACUCACUUCUGAUGAUAUUUAUUUUUGUACAAAGGUUUAUAGAUUCAUAUUUUUUAUUAAAACCAAGCUACUGUAUCCU